AUUCUUAUACCCCUCGUUUCUACCUGGUGCGGUUCGAUAGAUUAUUUUCAGAUUCUACAAGCGUGUUUGAUCGCUGAACCCUUCAUCCGACUGAGCAAAAGCGCAAAAACUUAUAUCCUAGGAGAGAAAAAGCAAAGACGAAUCAUGGGACACUACUCGGGAAAUGACGACAAACCCUGGGGAAGACGUCUCGUCAUCUGCUGCGACGGCACAUGGCAAUCCAGUGUCAGCGGGCAAGACAACGUGCCGUCUAAUGUCACGAAGCUCUGCCGUGUCAUCGCUCGUAUUGGAUCAGACUCCAAGAACCCGGACAAGAAAUGGCACCAGCUUGUUUACUACGAUAGCGGUGUCGGUACUGGCAAUCUGAGCGACUCCGAACGAUCCCGUCAAGGUGGCACCGGUGCUGGUCUUGCUGAGAACGUAAUCGAGGCGUAUAAUUACAUAGUUCUUAACUAUGAACCCGGAGAUGAGAUAUUCUGCUUUGGUUUCUCGAGGGGUGCCUACACAGCUCGAGCCGUAGCCGGCCUUGUUACCGAUAUUGGCGUUAUCAACCCAAUUCAUAUGCAGAUUUUCCCCGAGAUCUACAGGGCCUAUAUGUCAAACACAACAGGCAUGCCCUUUCGCGAAACUCAGAUGUGGAAGGACUUUGUGAUUGGCAAGCUAAGCAAGAAAGGUGCUGCGUUGAGUAAAAAGAGGGGCGUGAAAAACGACGAAGAAGAGGCGCAAGCAUGGGAAAUCCGUCCCCACCAAAGCCUGGUGGCUUCGGAUGAGAGUCGGAUUGUCAAGGUGGUAGGAGUUUGGGACACUGUUGGAAGUCUUGGUAUUCCAGAUUUUGCAUUGCUUGACAAUUCUAAUUGGCGAACAAAAUUUGGGUUUCACAAUGUGAAGCUCAAUGGAAAUAUUCAACAUGCUUUCCAUGCACUAGCCCUUGAUGAACGCCGCAAAGCAUUCCGUCCGACACUUUGGUACAUCCCGACGGAACUACCAACAAAACUUGCUCAAGAGGGCAAACAGAUUCCCGAACUCAAGCAGGUUUGGUUCCCAGGCGUUCACAUAAAUUCGGGCGGUGGCAACGAUGAUGCUAUCACAGAUAUGAAAGGCGAUCUGGAAAUGCUAUCAAUGACCACCUUCGUCUGGAUGCUGCAGGUGGUAUCGCCGCAUCUAACCAUCGAUCAGUCAGCCUUCAAAGCAUACAUGAACCAAUACCAGCGAUGGCUAAAUCACGUCCGCUACGCCUGCACUUACCACCAUUCAAACUGGACCGAUUGGGUCUCCUCCAAGAUCCCCAGCAUCCCUCUAAUUCAUCCUGCCACCGAUCCAUUGACGCAGCCCAAGCGUGACCCACCUCACACUCAUUACAACUUUGAUUACGGAUGGGGCACCGGUCCUAUCGUCGACUCUUACGGUGGCAUGUAUGCACUCGCUGGCACCGCACCGCGGGUCCCUGGAUCCUGCCAAGUCGAAAUGUACGACCCCAAGUCCAAAGAGUACCGAUUGGAAGACAUCAACGCGUACGGAGAGACGAACGAAUACAUCCACCCUAUUUGCGAGUUCCGAAAGGUGAUUCGAGGAGACGAACCCAACGGUGCUCUUCGCGCUUUCACACGCAGAUUCGAGAAAAUUAACGGCAAAGGAUUGUUCUGGUGGUACCGAGACGGUGGAAGGAAAGGUAUCCCUGAAUGGGUCAUUAUGAAACAUCACGAACACGUUGCGGGUAUGGGGGUGAGUGAUGAUGGAGAGGUGAACUUCGAAAGGGCGUGGUACGAACAGUGCGAGAAGAGCCAGGAGAAAUUGGACACGUUGGCAACGGCUGGGUAUCAUCGGGAUUUUCUGGAUGCGUUGGAUAUCCAGAAUAACUUCUUUGCCGAGGAGAAGGAGUGUUACGUUUAUCCUUGA